AUGUUGCAUCCUAUAUUAUACAGUGUAUAUUUUGUGAUGAUAUGCUAAUCAGGGCCAUGGCCACCAUAGACUUUGAAAGUAACUUUUCCCCCCAGUAUUCAGAGUAGUGGUCAGUUCAUAUGGGUUUUUCAUAAUGGCUUAUGCUAUUUAGAGAAGUCGUGGAAAUUAAUAAUGGCAAUUUCUAUAAUGCAUGUACAGGUGGUUGAUGAGCGGUGGAUAGGCGGAGGAGGUGUUCGGUCUCACCUCAUACUGUUGCUAUGGAGGCCAAGCAGGAGUCAACACCUGUGUGGAGUUCAGCACCCAACAAUGACACUGGAAAUACACCUCAGGUGCAUUUUGAGACCAGUGCGGUGGCUCAGAUCGUGUACAGCGGCGAGCAGUCUGACCGCACUCAGCAGCAGGUUGUAUAUACUGCAGACGGAAGCUCCUACACCUCCGUCGAGUCUGCCGAACACACACUGGUAUACAUACACCCAGCCGAUGGAACGCAGGCGGUGUUUACAGAUCAGCCCCAAGUGGCCUACAUUCAGCAAGAUGGAACAACACAACAGGUGACUGUGCUGCUUCCAAGCGGGCAGAACAUGAACACUGCAAAUCUACACGUAUUGAGUAACGUAGCCGAUGGCCCACAGGCGAUCCUGGAACCUGUGGCACAGAGCCAACUUGCAGUGACUAAUGCAGCUCUCCCUAACAUGCCGGAGGCCUCAUCGAGUCCCCUGGGGGCCACAGAUUCCACUGUGGAUUCAGAGGAUGAGGAAGAAGACAACGAUAGCGACGAUUCUGAAAUGGACGACUGGGAACCCAGGACACCCCAGCCGUUCACCCCUCAGAACCUCUGGUGUGAAGACUGUAAUAAUGCUAAUCUUGGAGCAUGCAUGAAACACGGUCCGCUGCACCCCAUCCUGAACCGCCCUGUGAUGUCCAAGGCUCGGGCCAGUCUUCCUCUCGUCCUGUAUAUCGACCGCUUCCUGGACGGAGUGUUUACCAAGAGACGUAUCCCCAAACGCACACAGUUCGGUCCUAUAGAGGGGCCGCUGGUGCGACAGAGUGAACUGCAGGACGCACACAUUCACCUGAAAUUAUACAUGCUAGACCCUGAGAAAGAAGGCGAGAGGGCAGAGGACCUCUGGUUUGACCUGUCUAAUGAGGAGCGAUGUAACUGGAUGAUGUUUGUCCGUCCGGCCCAGAAUCACAUGGAGCAGAACCUGGUGGCUUAUCAAUACGGCUCGGACAUUUUUUACACCACCAUUAAGAACAUUCAGCCCAAACAGGAGCUUAAGGUGUGGUAUGCUGCAUCAUAUGCCGAGUUUGUCAACCAGAAGGUUCAUGAUGUCACAGAUGAAGAGAGAAAAGUUUUACGCGAGCAGGAGAAGAACUGGCCGUGUUAUGAGUGUAACAGACGGUUCAUGAGCUCAGAGCAGCUUCAGCAGCACUUAAACAUGCACGAUGACAAGCUGAACCUCAUCCAAAGGCCAAAGGGCCGUGGCCGAGGACGGGGCAGGAAGCGAUUCGGCGCCGCAAGGCGACCAGGACGACGUAUGAAAUUCAUCUGCCCACAGACUCCUGUUGAGAGUGCUGACAAGACACAGGAGCUUUUAGCAUCUGUAGAUAUUCUACCAUUUGAGGAGCGAACCGACGGAGCUCUUAAUGGGCUGAAGGUGGUAGAAAUGGCAGCUGAAUCGAUGGAGACUGAGACAGAAGAAGGGCUUGAUACCCCAGCAACCCACACCGAGGCGCUGCAAGAGGAGGGGGAUUUUGUCACCCCACCUCCAACCACAGAAGUCCCAGGGUCUGCCAAAGAGGACCUGUCUCAGACAAGUCCCGAAGACCCCCACCUCACACCGCAGGACAUGAGGAGAGCGAGGAGGAUUAGGGUGGACUUGCAGAAUGCCGCUCUCCAGCAUCUUUUCAUCCGUAAGUCCUUUCGACCCUUUAAAUGUUCUCAGUGCGGGAAAGCCUUUCGAGAUAAGGACAAGCUGGACCAGCACAUGCGGUACCACGGGCGGGACGGCUGCCGUCACAUGUGCCAUCAGUGUGGUAAGGGCUUCCUGACGAACCUGACGCUCGAGGAUCACCUGCAGUUGCACUGUGAUCAGCGCAUCUACUCCUGCCUCUUCUGUGCCGAGUCCUAUGACAGAUUGGACCUGCUCAAAGUACAUGUGGAGGUUCACCUGGUCAACGGCUGCUUUUCCUGUCCUUCCUGCAAGAAAACCUUCACAGACUUCAUACAGGUAAAGAAACACGUGAGGAGUUUCCACUCAGAGAAACUCUUCCAGUGUAUGGAGUGUGAUAAAGCCUUCUGCAGGCCUGAUAAACUACGACUCCACAUGCUUCGCCACACUGACCGCAAGGACUUCCUGUGCUCCACCUGUGGAAAACAGUUUAAGAGGAAGGAUAAAUUACGGGAACACAUGCAGAGGAUGCACAACCCUGAACGCGAGGCCAAAAAGGACCACAUCCACCGCACCAAAGCUCUGAAACAGAAGGAGCCCACCACUGACUUUGAGAGCUUCAUGUUUAAAUGCCGACUCUGUAUGAUGGGCUUCAGGAGACGAGGGAUGCUGGUGAAUCACCUGUCUAAACGACAUCCUGAGAUGCGUUUGGAGGAGGUUCCUGAGCUGACGCUGCCCAUCAUUAAACCCAACCGAGAUUAUUUCUGCCAGUACUGUGAUAAGGUGUAUAAAAGUGCCAGUAAGAGGAAGGCCCACAUUUUGAAGAACCACCCCGGGGCAGAAUUGCCCCCCAGCAUCCGGAAGCUGCGUCCGGCUGGGCCGGGAGAACCUGACCCCAUGCUGAGCACACACACGCAGCUGACCGGCACCAUCGCUACUGCACCGGUGUGCUGCCCGCACUGUGCCAAACAGUACAGCAGCAAGACAAAGAUGGUCCAGCACAUCCGUAAGAAGCAUCCAGAGUAUCAGUACAACAGCAGCAUCCAGGCACCGCUGGCCACUACCGUCAUCAGCAGCACUCCUGCUGUCAUCACAACAGACGGCACUACUGCAGAGGCCGUGGUGACCACCGAUCUGUUGACUCAGGCCAUGACGGAGCUGUCCCAGACCCUGACCACAGACUACCGUACAGCACAAGGGGAUUUCCAGAGGAUCCAGUACAUCCCAGUGUCUCAGGCAGGAGGAGGCCUGUCACAGCCACAGCACAUACAGCUGCAGGUGGUGCAGGUGGCCCCGACCACCGAUCUGUUGACUCAGGCCAUGACGGAGCUGUCCCAGACCCUGACCACAGACUACCGUACAGCACAAGGGGAUUUCCAGAGGAUCCAGUACAUCCCAGUGUCUCAGGCAGGAGGAGGCCUGUCACAGCCACAGCACAUACAGCUGCAGGUGGUGCAGGUGGCCCCG